CAGAUGAUAGUGUUGAACAAAGUGGAACAAAGAAAGAAGAUCUGGAUGACAGAGAGAAAAAAGAUGAAGAAGAAACUCCUACACCUGUAUAUAGUGCCAAGUGAAUUCUGGACAGCUGGGUAUGGGGCAAGCAACCAGAUGUGAAUGAACUGAAGGGGUGUCUUUCUGUGCUGGUUAAAGAGCAGCAGGCCCUGGCCAUUCAGUCAGCCACCACCACUCUCAGCCCCGUGACUCAAGCAGAGGCUGGUAAUCUUGGAGCACUGUUUCAUUGCCUUGAACCAUUUUUCAGGAGAAUGUCAAAGUUAAGUGGAAAAGCAGUGGCAUUUCUCUGCCUCUUGUGGACAGAAAAAGCCUUUUCUCUCUUGUACAGGAUGGUUUUUGUGGUGUACCAUUUGCAUAACCUUUUACUACAUGCGGAAUGAAACUGACUUGUGAAAUUAACAUACGCAAGUAGCGAAAAGCUUAAAAACACACAGGACGGUGAUGAGCACCAUCCUCAGAAGAGGGCGACUCCCCACGGGGUGGCUCAAGCACACAGGGCUUCACCCGCGGCCAGGAGCAGACCCCGAGUGGAGGACGCCGGAGCUGGGGUGAGCCAGGCUAGCCUGUGCGUCUCUGCUGCUCUUCUUCCAGCUCCUCUCCGGCCUGGUCUCCCAUGUGGGGUUUAUUCUCCCUCUGUUUAUGUAUUUAUCUGUUUAUCGUCUGCUUCCUCCCACUAGAAUCUCACUUUGGGAGGUCAUUUCAUGAGCAUUUUCCCAAGACAUUUAAAAUUCCUUAUACAUUUCUUUGAUGCUUAAAGAGAAAACUUUUCCUUUACAAAAGACAUUUGAUCAAAGUUGUUAAACAACGAAACUAAAAAUCCACUUGUGAUCCUGUCACUUGAAGAAAACCAUUGGUCAGAUUUUGGUACACACCCUUUCAUAGUAUUGAUUUUAUGUAGUAUCUGCACCCUCCGCUGCUGACUGGUUGUAUGUUCCGUGUGUGUCGUCUGCAGUUCCCGGCCUGUGAGCAAAGGUGUGGGGGGGCUCGCCAGAGUGGGAUCCCGAGCGGCACUGUCUUUCGCCUUCGCCUUCCUGUGCAGGGCUUGGCGAUCAGGUAUGGUCCCUGGUGUGAUGCGUUGUUCUGCUUCCCUAAUCCAUCAACAGUCUGGGUUUUGAGCUCGGUUCAGCCACCAUGUGCCCUUCGGCUGAUCCCUUGUGUUCUCUGUGCCUCGGUUUCCUUGCUUGUGAGAUGAGAGGCUGCAGAGGCUGUUUCACUUUUCAUGUCUGUGCUUUAAAGAAAAAAAAAGAGAGUGCAUGCACCCUCACCCCCACGUCAGCCACUACCAUGGAACACCUGAGUACAGACUUAAUUCUAGAAGAAUAAGAAGUUACUGUAUUGCUCAUGUGACAGCCGUGAAAUACAGAAUUGACUGGAACAGCUGUGCUAGAUUUUGGCCUGUUGAGUGAGGGAUUGGAAAGGUGACAGUGGCAUCAUCUCUCGCUGAGGGGUGGGAAGCCCAGCAGGAGAGUGAGGGGAGUGGGCGGGCUCCUCUGACACGUGUGUGCCCAGGCGAGAAUGCGGACCUCUGCAGUGAGCUGUUGUAGGAGUCCCUGGACGCCCUGCGAGCACUUCCCGAGGCCUCGCUCUUCGAUGAGAGCACCGGGUCCUCUCUGUGGCUGGAGGUGGUGGAGAGAGCGACCAGCUUCCUCAGGGAUGUUCACGGAACACCAGGCACCAAAGGGCCAGAAGCGUCCCCCUGCAGGACCAGCACUUGGCCCUGGCCAUCCUGCUGGAGCUGGCUGUGCAGACAGGCACGCUGAGCUUUUGUGUGGCCCUCUGAGCCCCAUUGAGAGUUUCCUGAGGUACCUCACCCUUCCACAAGACAACGAGCUUGCCAUUGAUCUGCGACAAAUGGGAUCAUUGCAAGAGGUCAUAGGUUGGGUGUUAAUAGGAUGGAAAUACUAUGCCAAUGUGAUUGGUCCAAUCCAGUGCAAAGGCCUGGCCAACCUGGGAGUCACACAGAUUGCCUGUGCAGAGAAGCGCUUCCUGAUGCUGUCACGCAAUGGCCGCGUGUACACACAGGCCUACAAUAGUGACACACUGGUCCCACAGCUGGUCCAAGGCCUCGCCUCCAGAAACAUUGUAAAAAUUGCUGCCCAUUCUGAUGGUCACCAUUACCUAGCCUUGGCUGCCACUGGAGAGGUGUACUCCUGGGGCUGUGGGGAUGGCAGAUGGCUGGGCCACAGGGACACUGUGCCUCUGGAGGAGCCUAAGGUGAUCUCCGCCUUCUCUGGAAAGCAGGCCGGGAAGCACGUGGUGCACAUCGCUUGUCGGAAGCACUUACAGCGCAGCCGUCACUGCCGAGGGGGAGCUGCACACCUGGGGCCAUGGGAACUAUGGCCGGCUGGGCCACAGUACAUCUGGUCUGCAUCAGUGGGAGCAUGCAGCAGGAGGUGGCCUCUUACAGGACUUAAUAAACGGCCGUCCUAUCUGUUUGAAGGCUCCAGUGAGGACGAGGCCAUUCCGAUGCUGGUAGCUGGGCUUAAAGGACUGAAGGUCAUCGAUGUGGCGUGUGGGAGUGGGGACGCUCAAACCCUGGCUGUCACUGAGAACGGGAAGAAGGUGAUUGAUGUGGCUGCAGGCUCCACCCACUGCCUGGCUCUGACUGAGGACAGCGAGGUCCGCAGCUGGAGGAGCAACGACCAGUGCCAGCACUUUGACACCUUGCGCGUGACCAAGCCAGAACCUGCAGCAUUGCCAGGACUCGACGCCAAACACAUAGUGGGAGUUACCUGUGGGCCUGCCCAGAGCUGCGCUUGGUCAUCGUGUUCUGAGUGGUCCAUUGGCCUCCGUGUCCCUUUGGGGGUGGACAUUUGCUCAGUGACUUUUCAGCAGCUGGAUCUCCUGCUGCAGCAGGUGAGUGAGGGGAUGGACGGCUCUGCGGACUGGCCGCCGCCCCAUGAGAAAGAGUGCAUGGCCGUGGCAACGCUGAAUCUUCCACGACUUCAGUUGCAUGCUGCCAUUAGUCACCAGGUUCACCCGGAAUUCCUUGGUUUAGGUCUGGGCAGCGUCCUCCUGAACAGCCUGAAGCAGACGGUGGUGACCCUGGCCAGCAGCACAGGCGUGCUGAGCACCGUGCAUUCAGCCUCCCAGGCCAUGCUGCAGAGCGGCCGGUCCGUGCUGCUGCCCACUGCCGAGAAGCAGGCCCGGGCGCUCUCUGCUCUCCUGCCCUGCGCAGUUCAGUUUCAGGCAAUGAAGUGAACAUAAGUCCAGGUCGUCGAUUCAUGAUUGAUCUUCUGGUGGGCAGCUUGAUGGCUGCUGGAGGGUUGGAGUCAGCCUUACACGCAGCCAUUACUGCGGAGAUCCAGGUAUGGCCUUGGAGGCACACGUGACCUGGUGGUGCGCUGAGAUCGGAAAUACCACACUCACACAUGUGAAGAAUAACAGAACACAGUAAAACACUCAACUUUUAUCAUAUCCAAGUAUUUUCUUAAAUUAAAAUUCUUUUAUGUGCUAAUUUUAAAAAUUAUUGAGGUGAUUUAAUUGUGAUGAAAUACUGCAUGUUGCCUGUUUCAGUGAAGUUAACAGAUAACCUGUUACUCAGGUAGACCAUUCCCGUCACUCGGAAAGAUCCCUGUGCCCUUGGCACUUGCAGCCAGGAUACUCCCCUGCCCUCAGAUGAGAUGCGUUUCGCCUGCUCUGAGUGUCGCAGCAAUAUAACUGUAUAGUAUGCACUCGUUCCUGCCUGGCCUUGGAGAAUGAUUUUCAGAUUCACUCACUGAUGUGUCUAUUGUGACUUCGUUUUUAUUAUUGGGAAGUUUUCCAUUUUCUGGGUGUAGUACUCUUUGUUAGUUCAUUCUCCUAUUGAAGGACAUUACAUUGUUUUUGGUUUUUGUUUUUUUUUUUUUUUUUUUUUGAGACAGGGUCUUGCUCUGUCACCCAGGCUGUAUACAGUGACCUGAUCUUGGCUCACUGCAGCCUUGUCCUCCUAGGCUCACAGGAUCCUCCCACCUCAGCCUCCUAUGUUGCAGGGACCACAGGCAUGUCACCAUGCCGGGCUAGUUUUUUGAUUUUUUUUAUAGAGACAAGGUGUUACUGUGUUUCACAGGCUGGUCUCCAACUCCUGGGCUCGGGAUCCCCCCACCUUGGCCUCCCAAAGUGUUGGGAUUACAAGCGUGAGCCACCACGUCCAGGCUUUCUUGUUUUUGGCCGUGUAGAGCUGCCACGAUUGUGCUGUGAACAAGUACUUUAGUGAACAUAUGUCCUCCCUUUGGGUAAAUACUUGGAGUGGAAUUUGUUAGGUUCUGGGGUCAGUGUGUGUUCAUAGUUUCCCCAAGUGGCUCUGCCAUUUACAUUUGAACCAGGACUUCUGUGUGUGAGAAUUCUAGCUCCUUCUUGUCCUUGCAGAGCAGCUGGAUGCUGCAUGUGUGGGGCAGAUCACAUUGGGUUUUGUGAGAGCCAGUAUGCAGGGUUAAGGAUUUUAGGGACUUCACAGAAGGAGGCUGGAGAGCAUCAGCAGAGGCAGCCUGGACCUUGGAUCUGUAAACAGAAGACACUGUUUGAAACUGCACAACUGAGUUGGGGUUUCCAACAGGGCAGGUGGAGGCCUGUGGGUAGGUGUGUGCGGCAGCCACAGAGGCUGGGAUAGCUUGGCAUUGGGGUCAGGGCUCAGCCAGCCUGUGUGUCUUCACACCUGCUAAUGAGAUCACUUGUAAACAAUUUCUGUUUAUGAAUUACAGGAUAUUGAAGCCAAGAAAGAAGCACAGAAGGAAAAAGAAAUUGAUGAACAGGAAGCAAAUGCCUCAGCAUUUCAUAGAAGCAGGACUCCAUUGGAUAAAGACCUUAUUAACACGGGGAUCUGUGAGUCUUCUGGCAAACAGUGUUUGCCUCUGGUUCAGCUCAUACAACAGCGUCUUAGGUAAAUCGUAUUAGCUGUAUUGUAUUGUGUUUUAUUUAUUUACUUUUUUUUGUAUUUUUGAGACAGAGUUUUGCUCUUGUUGCCCAGGCCAGAGUGCGGUGGCGCGAUCUUGACUCACCGCAACCUCCGCCUCCCAGGUUCAAGUAAUUCUCCUGCCUCAGCCUCUCGAGCAGCUGGGAUUACGGGCGUGCGCCGCCACGCCCCACUAAUUUUGUAGUUUUAGUAGAGAUGGGGUUUCUUCAUGUUGGUCAGGCUGGUCUUGAACUCCCGACCUCAGGUGAUCCACCCACCUUGGCCUCCCAAAAUGUUCGGAUUAUAGGCAUUAGCCACCACGCCUGGCCUCUUUAUUUUACUUACUAACUUUUUUUUUUUUUUUUUUUGUGACGGAGUCUCUCUCUAUCGUCCAGGCUGGAGUGCAGUGUCAACGAUCUUGGCUCACUGCAACCUCCACCUCCUGGGUUCAAGCUAUUCUCCUGCCUCAGCCUCCCGAGUAGCUGGGACUAGAGGUGUCUGCAAACACACCUGCCUGAUUUUUGUGUUUUUAGUAGAGAUGGGGUUUUACCAUAUUGGUCAGGCUGGUCUCAAACUCCUGACCUCAGGUGAUCCACCUGCCUUGGCCUCUCCAGAUGUUGGGAUUACAGGCGUUAGCCACUGUGCCUGGCCUGUAUUGAAUUUUAAUAGGUGAUUAUUGGUUUUCAUAUUAAGAUAGUGAAAUCCAGCACGAGGAUCUCAAAACUUUGUUUGAUGAUUGAAGGAAUAUUCUGAAAAUUACCUAGUAUAGAUUUUAGGGUAAAGAGCAGACCCUUUUAAAUAUAGGUGAGAGGAGAAGUUGGAGGGCAUGAUGAUGUUCAAAAGUUUUUCCAGAAGAGAAAUUGGGUGUGCAGUAAACCUGUAAAAAGAUUCUUGCUAAUAAGCAGGUGGAUGUAAAUGAAAAUCAUCAUGGAAGGUUAUUUUUAAAACUGGUUGUAUCAUUGCCUCACUUCAUAUAUUACAGAGUUAUACAUACUACUUUGUAAGAUAACUUUUCUUUUCAAAACCAAAGUCAAUGUGAAAGAAUGGUGAGCAUUGUUUUGGAAGGCCCGACUAGGAGGAGGUGGGAAGAAGUCAGACUCAGCCUGUGAACAGAGACUAACUUUGGCAGAAGCCAAAACAGUCAGACAGUGUUGUCUAAAAUGAUCAUUCAAGAAGAGCGAAAAAACAAGGUGAUUUGUGAAAGAGAUUUAUUAGAAAAUGAAACACAUUUGUACCUCUGUUUAAUAAAAAUCUGCUUUUUGUCA